AUGGGCACAAUCAACAACCAGACCGGUGGCGGUUGGGGCUUGCUCAAGGGACUCCUCCUCCUCGGGUCCCUUACAUCCUGGGCUUGCGGAGAGCAGUUCCACGUCCAGCGCGCGGCGCAAUACCAAGAGCUGGAUGUGCGGAGCCCCAGAAUCGGGCAUGUCUUGGCUCACAUGGAUCGCAUCGCAUACGACGCAGAUGUCACGCCUAGUGCGACCGCGCCGCCAGCCUCUACGAGAACACCACUGCUUGACACCUUUCAAGUGGCCGAGCCUGUCCUGGAGCCUACAGGGCAGGCAGUUACGGUCACGUUGAUGGAGCACCAAUUUGCCAACAGCUACGGUACCCCUUUCGUUGGAGACUAUUCGCCCCCAGACUUCGAUUUUGAUCACGUCGUGCUCAACUUCACCGUCGAGGUUAGGGGCAGGCAAUUCGAUCGCUGGGGCUCCGUGUACUUGGGAGAUGUCAACAUCUUCGCGACCUCCACCGCCGAGCCCACGUCAUACGGCAUCACCUGGACCUGGUUGAAGGAUUCCACGCCGUAUCUGUCACUCUGGAAAGAGCCACAGACUCUCAUAUUCCAACUUGACAAUGUCAUUACAGACGUCUACACAGGCCUGCUCAACUCCACUCUCACGGCCACCUUCUUCAAGAGUCCCGUUCGGACCGGAGGACAAGCGCCAGCAGACCUCGUCCUGCCAGUUUCUGCCAACAAGAGCCCAGUCACUGCCAGUUUUUGGACGUACCCUGAAGAGAACGCCACUGCUUCUGUCCAAUUUCCUCGCAACGUCAACCGGGCCGUCUUCUCCACGUCUGUCAAGGGACAAGGGAACGAGGAGUUUUGGUGGAGUAACGUCCCGCAGUCAGCCGUAGAUGCUUUCGUGCCGGAUGUGGGUAGCUAUCCGGGAUAUUCGCCUUUCCGAGAGGUCCAGGUCCUUAUCGACGGUCAAUUGGCGGGUGUGCACUGGCCCUUCCCAGACAUCUUCACAGGCGGCGUGGUGCCCCAACUCCAUCGCCCGAUUGUGGGUAUCAACGCGUUCGACUUGCGAGAUCACGAGAUUGACAUCACCCCGUGGCUGCCCCUUCUUUGUGACGGAAAUAACCACACCAUUGGCAUCAAAGUUGUCGGGCUAGUGGAUGACGGCAAGUCAAGCGCCAGCCUCACAAAUACCACGGGUAGUAGUUGGUACCUUGUAGGCAAGGUCUUCCUAUGGCUUGACGACGAAGGAAGCAUCACGACGGGCACGCUCAAGCAAAACGCUACCGGCUUCAACUCGACCCUGGAUUAUUCCUUAUCGGUGCAACGCGAUUUCACGAUCACCUCGUUCCUCACUACGCAAAAGGGCAACGGCACAGCAACUUAG